GCAGAUCAUGAGACACAAACUUGGCAUCACCGGUGAUGUGAAACCAGAUGUCAUCUGUCACCUGUAUGCAACCUUUGCAUAAUUCCUUUUGAUCUGCAUUUCUUUAGACCGGUUGGACAAGAUUACACCAGGAUGUACUGUGGCUCAAAAUGUUUUUGUCCAUCAGUCUAGAAAGUUCUCAGUCUAUGCAGUGAAAACAAAUUGUAACGACAAUGUUGCUGCCUUGGCUUGCUUGUUUUGUACUAAUUUCCAGCCACCAGGCAGUUUUAUCUGCCACUGGACCCAAUUGCAAAAAUGUCUGCGCAGAAGAUGACAAGGAAAGUGGAAUCAAUCCUUACCUCAUUGCAGCCGGUGUUGCAGGUGGAGCAGUUGGAGCCAUUGCGUUGGCCCCUGUGGCCCUGACGGCAGUAGGCUUCACCUCAGCUGGCAUCGCAGCAAGUUCAUGGGCUGCUACCCUGAUGUCCUACACUGCCGUCGCCAACGGAGGUGGGGUUGCAGCAAGCAGUGCAGUGGCCGUGCUCCAAUCUGCAGGAGCCGCUGGUCUCUCUGCAGCUGGGUCAGCUGUUGUGGGAGUAGCAGGAGGUGCAGUGGGCGGGGCAGUGGCUUGGCUCACUGGUGGCAAACCAGAUGACUGCACUUGUGGCAACUGACCAAAGGCCAGGUGUUGCAUACAAUGUGACAACAAACGAAAUGUUUCGUUGCAAAACGGUGUAUAUCCAUUUUGUGGAAUGUAGGGCAUUCCAUUGCAUUGCAUUGCAAAACCUCUGAACACAGUCAUUUUGAAUAAUAAAAUGCAAAAGUAAAAAAUGGUGGGUACACCAUUUGCAAAUAAAUACAAACAAUAACUUAACUUUAAUUUCAUUUCACAGUUAAACGUGCUUAUGUAAAUAUGUUAUCACAGAAGGUUUAAUUUUGUCUUU